AUGGGGGAUGAUCAAGGUAGGGCAAGGGACCUAAUUAAGAGCUUGGUGCCAAAGCUGCUAAAUGAAGAAGAUUGCUCCCAUAUUGGCAAACAUCUUUCAAAGGAAGAGGUUGAGCAGGCUAUUACAUCUCUGAGUAAUGAUAAAUCCCCAGGGCUAGAUGGUCUUCUAGUGGAGUUUUACAAAGCAAAUCUAAAUUGGAUUUCUGAGGAGCUCCUUGAUCUAUAUGAGGAAGCUAUUGAUAGAGGAUCUCUUGGAAAGGAGAUAAACCAAGAAUUAAUUAAGAUGAUUCCCAAAGAGGGCAACAAAACACUGAUUAGAAAUUGGAGGCCCAAUACCUUACUUAAUGUUUCAUAUAAGAGUUUGGCCAAGGCAGCUACUAACAGGUUGGAAAAGAUCCUCCAUAAAAUCAUUAGCCCCACUCAAACUGGUUUUGUGAAGGGAAGUUCAUUGUGCUCAAAGCGUAUAAUCCACAGUUCAUUGUGGAAGGAAUUGAGGGUUAUUACAAUAAACAAAAAGGAAGUGAAAAUGGUUUCCAAAAGGAAUUGGACUGAUAUGUUCAAAGUACAACCCUCAACAUCAAUCAAUCAGGGGAAGAGUCGUUCAAGCUUGAACCGAGGUGGACAAGAGCUGAGAAAUCCAGAACCCAAAGCGAGAUGGAACCCUAAAAAGGAACAAAUUGAGAUUUUGGAGUCCAUUUACACGUCCGGGAAGAUAAGGCCCAGCAGAGAUGAUAUACGAAUGAUCAGAAUUCAGCUACUGGAGUUCGGAGAGGUGGAAGAGGCAAACAUCUUCUACUGGUUUCAAAACAGAAAGUCCAAAAACAGGAAAAGGCAACGCCUUCUUGUUGCCGGUACAGCCAACCCCAUUCAAACCAGUACAGCCAAUCCGAUCCAAACCAUGGAAAAAUCAAGUUUUCCCUCACUCUCACCUUCUAUUUCUUCAUUUCCCAAUCAUCAAACUCAACGAGUUUCUGCCGAUACACACAUUAACCUGCAACAAGGAGGACUGUCGAGUGGAAGUACAACAUACCCAUAUAAGUAUAAUUCCGCAAUAUCAUCUUUUCCUCAGAAUUAUUCUUCUUUUCUGCUGCCUGAAAAGCAAUCAGACCCAUUCAAUCAUUAUCAGCGCCCUGAAGCUGCUAUCCCUUCUGCCCUAACUGACACUAAUCCAGAUACAAGAGUGAGUUCUACAAGAGUGGGUUCUGGGAAUGAAGAUUUGUUCACUGUAAUGAUUGAUGGUACGAAAUAUAAAGCACCUAGGGGGACCUGUAAAUGUGAGGAAUGCCUUCAGUCCAAAUGUGAUUAUGGUGGAUACCGCUUGUCAACGCAUUCUCACAAAUGAAAGUGGAUUCAGUUUGCAUGGCCUGCAAGAAGGGGGAGACUACUAUUUGCUAAAUAAGACAGGAGGAGCAGCUCCACUCCUGGAUUUUCUCAAGUGUAGGAUAUCUUAAGCUUUUUCAAAUAUCAGGCAAUCUGGGCAUCAUUUUGAAGCUUUCUCUGAUCAAGCAAUCUUGGGAUUCUUCAAUAGCAUAUCUGUGAAUGAUUGUUAUAAACAUUUUAUGUAAUUUUUUAUUGUUUUCAACAGUUUUUCUUCUUUUACCAGUUUCUUUUUGCUACUCAUGAUAAAAGAUGAAUCCAGAUACCAUUGUCUUCUUCAAUCUUUAUGUGGAGUCAA